AAUAAUUUGUAAGUGUGUUGCGGCAAAGUCUCAUUUCCCUUUCUCUUCCCCUUUCCAUAUAAAAGAAAGCAUAGCCACCUUCAAAGAGGGUUAGCCUUCACAUUCACAAUCAAAACUCCUUGUAAUCUCCGUUCUUCUCUCUCUCCUCUUUUCAGGCUUAAAAAUGUCGACUGUGAAGCUCCCUACCCAAUGCUUGCUUAAAACCGUUCCGAAGCCAACAGCAAUGACCCCAAUGGUCAAUUGCCCUGUAUCUCUGGGUUCUGUGAAAAGUAUCUCCAAGUCAUUUGGCUUGAAAUCUUCAUCCAGCUAUAGAACCACUGCAAUGGCAAUGUACAAGGUUAAGUUGAUCGGGCCAGAUGGAACAGAACAUGAAUUUGAGGCUGCCGAUGAUGCUUACAUCCUCGAUGCAGCGGAAGAGGCUGGGGUUGACUUGCCUUACUCAUGCAGGGCAGGUGCCUGCUCAACCUGUGCUGGUCAGCUCGUAAGUGGAACAGUUGAUCAGUCCGAUGGAUCCUUCCUUGACGACAAUCAAAUGGACAAAGGUUAUUUGCUCACGUGUGUUUCUUACCCGCGAUCAGACUGUGUAAUCCAUACCCACAAGGAGGGCGAUCUUUACUGAGGUAUUAGUCAUUUGGAAACUCCUCAAAUAAAGUAGAGAUCAUAUAUUGGGUGUUGCCGAUGGUCAGAUGCCAUGGAUCUUAGUUGUAUGAUGUAAUAAAUCUCGAGGUGGUGGUUUUUUUCAACUUUUUCAGAGAUUUUGCCUCUCUUUUAGUUUUUCAUUUGUUGAUCAAAGAAGUCUUAUCUAAAUGUAAUAUCUCAAGUCUCGAAUGACUUGAAUAGCUCACUUGGAUCAUGAGAAGGAAUGAAGGAUUAUAUUGUUUAAACUGUUUUGCUCCAAA